AUGAAUGCAGCUUCUCAAAUAUAAAAUGAAUGUGUUUUUAUAGAAGGAAAAUUGUAUGAAAAUCUUAAAUAAUUUGAUUGUUAAGGUGUUCAAUCAAUUACUUUUAUUGGAAAUUAGACUCGAAAUGAAAAUGAAAAUUUUAUCAUAAAAUUAUACAAAGAAAUAUCAGAUGAGCAAAUAGAAGUUCUUUAAUAAAUCAAAAAAUACUAAAAUCAAAAAAUACCUAAAUGCUAACAUAUGAUUAAAAUAAUUGGCAUACAGAAUUUUCUAAAUAUUAAAAAAGAUAGAAAGUUUUAUGUAGUUAUGGAAAAAGGUAAAGAUAAUACCCAAAAUUUGAUUAAAUCCAACAUUUCUUUUAGUUUAUUUUAGAAAUUUAAGAUAUUUGAAUAAGUAAAAUAAAAUCUAUUUUAAGAUGGUAAGAGGAGAGAUGGAAUUACAUAGCUUAGGCUAUUUUCAAAUAAAUUUAAAACCAUAAAGUUUUGUAUAUUUUGAAACUUAAACUCAAAAUUAUUAAGUCAAGUUAAUAGAUUUUGGUUCAAUAAAACACGAUUCCACAUAUUUUAAAACAAAAUAAAUUGAAACUUUUAAUUACUUGGCACCUGAAGUUAUAUAAGGAAACCAAUUAUAUAAUAAAACCGUUAAUAUUUGGAGUCUUGGAAUCAUACUAUAUGAACUACUUGUAUCAGAAGAUUUUUUUUUAGGUUCUUAUGUAUUUAAUUUUUAGCUAAGAACAAGUAAGAAAUGAAAGAGUAAAUGUAGGAUUUAACUUAAGAUUGGAUCAAUAAGAAUAUAAAUAAAGCUAAUUGUUUAGGAUAAACAGAAAAGGAUCUAAUCAACUCAAUGUUAUAAAUAGAAAGUAAAAAAAGAAUUUAAUUGGAAAUUUUAUUAUAGAAAAUUGAUUAGUAUUUAACAAACAUCUAGGAAUACUAAAAACGAAUUGUUAUGCAAUUAUCAGUUAUUAAAACUACAAAUUAGUAGUUUAUUUAAAACCUAAUGGAAAAGUUAAAUAAAAUAAAUUAAAUUGAAACAGCAGAAUAAAAAAAAAAAUAAUUGGUUAUUUGUAUUAAUAAAGAGAUAAAGAAAUAUUAAGAAAUACUGAAUGAAAAUGAAUAAAGACUAUAGUAGAUAUAAUAAGCAAAGAUGAAAGAUGAAUUUAUAAAACUUGAGUAAGAAAUUUUUCAAGUUAAUCAAUAAUAAUAAUUAUAAGAAUAUAAUCUCAUAAUGGAAAAAAUUACAAAAGAAUUAAGAUUAGUUGAAUAGUUGCUAAAAAAUAAAGAAAUCGAAAAUUAGUAAAAAUUGAAAAAAGAAAAAGAAUAAUUUAUAAAUUUUCUCGAGAUUAUUCGAAACUAAUUUAGGUUAUAAUCUAAUUAGAUUUAAACACUCUCAGAACAAUAUAACUUAAAUUAAAGGGAUUAAAAAUAAAUUAAUGAACAAGAGAAGUAUUUAAAUGUCAGAAAAUAACAUUAAAAAAUGGAAGAAGAAAUCAAAGAACUAGAAUAAUCGGAAGUGAGGAUAAUGGUAUAAUGUGACGAACAAAAGAUUACUAUUUAUUAAUAAUUUAAUACAAAGCUUAAAGAAAUAUAGCAAGCUUAAAAUGUACUCAAGAUUUUGAUUGAAGAGGCAAGUAAAUCUAUUUUAUCAUUUAAUGCAAAAAUUUUUGAAGAAAAUAGCAAUUAAAUUGAUAAUUUAAAUGAUAAAUUAACUGAUUACUUGGAUAAAUUUUAGUAUUAAUCUAAAAAUUAAAAAUAUUCAAACAAAAUAGUUUAAAUAAUGAAUCAGAUAAAAUUUGUUUUAGAAUAGUUAAAUUCUUUAAAAAAAUAAAUAAAUUAAUGUACAUAGACAUCUUAUUAAUAAUUCAAUAAAAAUUACUAUGAAAUUGAGGAAUUAUUAAGAUAUUAUUAAAAAUAAUAUAAUUAAUUGCAUGAAUAAAUUUAUAAUGAUGAAUUAAUUGAAUAAAUAAAUUUAGAAAGAAUUAAAAAAAUAAAAAUGACCCAAAACUAAUUGGAUUAAAUUAAGAAGAAAAUGAAUCAAUUAAAGGAUUAAAUUAAAUAUUUGUUCCAUAAUAAAUAUUUGAAUUAUGAAUAAAUUUAUAAUUUAAUAAAUAAUAAAUUGAUUAAGAUAGAUUAGAAUAUCAUUAAAUGUUAAAAGAAAUUUGAGAAUUUUAUUGAAUUAAAUCUAUUAAAUUCUUAUGAAAUUAUGAAGAAUUAAAUUAAAUUAUUGUAGGAAGUUUAAAGAAAAUUAGAUAGAGAUGUUAAUGAAAUUGAAUAUAAUAUAGACUAAUUUAAGCUGAUAAUUUCAAAAAUAGAAACUGAAAACGAAAGUGAGGAAAAAAAAGAAAUUUUUAAUUUAAAUACUCAAUUAUAAGAAACUUACAGAAAAUUUUCAAAAGCUCUAAAUUCAAUCCAUUUUUAAUUUGAAAGUAUUGAAUUAUAUAAAUAAAUGAAAGUAUAUCAAGACAACUUUUAAGUUGAAUUGAAAUAAGAAAUAUAAACCUUAAAAGAAUAUUUAGAGGUUUAAAAUAUAAAUACGAAAUUAUUCUAAAUUGAAAUGAAAAUGAGAGAUAUUAAAAAUAAUAAAUAAUAAUAAUUAAUUGUGGAAUUGCUCUAAAAAUUAUAAUAGACUAAUCAAUAAAAAGGUUAUAGGUUAAAAAAUGUAUUCAAUAGAGUGUGUUAAAAAUAGUAAGAAUUAAAUUUUUGCUUUAUGGAUAAUAAUUUAAUUAAGAAUUAUGAAUAUUUAAAAAUGUAAGAGAGUUAAUUAUCAAUAGAAUUAAAUUUAAUAAAUUAAAAGACUUAUGAUAGAUAAUUAAACUCAUAAGAAUUAAUAAUAUUAAAAGAAUAAAUUCUUUAGGUAUAAUCUAACAUAUUUGAUUUAAUAAUGAAAAUUCCUAAGAAAAAUAAGAUAUAAGAGUUUAACAAAGCUUACUAAUAGAAUUUAGAAUCAUAUGAAAAGUUAUUGGCUUUAGUUAAUUAUAUAAAGUAAUAUCACUUAACAAGAUAUUAUGAAAGAUUAAAAGAAAAUAAAUUUAAAAAACAGAACAAAUAAUAGAUUUAAAAAGAAAGUAACUUCGACAAGUCAUUCUAAUCUUUAUUAAAUGACGAUUAGGAAAAAUAUGCCAUAAAUGAGAAGGAAGCUUAAGAUAAAUUGUAGAAAUAUGAGAAUAUUGUAAAUAACAUUUACAAUAUGAUGACAAAAGAAAUAAUGGAAAAAGAUAAAUAAUAAAUGGAGAAACAGCUUAUAGAAAUAGAAAGCCAGAUAAAAUAGCAAAAUUUAGCAAUAUUAGAAUCUAAUUUUAAUGAUCCAUCAGUUAUAGAAAAUAUUAUUUAUAACAGAAAAAUUUAUAAACUAAAUGAGUUCGCGUAAACAUUAAUUUUAUAUAAAUGA